UCAUUUGCGAUUGAUUGCAUUCAAUUGAAUUCAUUUCGAUGCCAAUUAGCUUGACACAUGUACUCGUACACCGUCUGGGAUUCCGGGUGGGAUGCAAAUCAGAUUGAAUCGAAUCUCUUGGGGGAUAUGCCAUCGAUUGGCGUGACCUUUGGCGACAGUGCGGCAGUGCCAGACUGGUGGGUUAAUAGGAGCCAAACACGUCAGAAACUCUAGUCUAACACUAGGACAUGACAAGGCGUUAAACGGCAUCUAAUUACCAACGAACCGCCAUCACGCAUAUGGGCCAAAAGCGGUAUAAAAGAGCUAUCCGUCACUUUGGUUGAGGUUAGUUGAUUAAAAUCCAACAUGACGCUGGUGUUUUUUCCGUCUCCGAAGCCACAGAAAUCGCUGGCCCGUCGCUAUGCACAGCAGAUAGCACAAUCUGCCUGGCAGUUGGCUCUAAGAUUUGGCAAGCGAACCACGAUUCAUGGCUUGGACAGGCUGCUCGGAGCCCGGGCCAGUCGCUGGGAAAGAUUCGUGUGGCUGUGCACCUUUCUGAGCGCUUUUCUGGGCGCCGUCUAUGUCUGCCUGAUACUCUCGCAGCGCUACAACGAGGGACACUUCCAGACGGUGGUGGACAGUACCCGAUAUCCGGUGUAUCGCAUACCCUUUCCGGUGAUCACCAUCUGCAAUCGGAAUCGCCUCAAUUGGGAUCGCUUGGGCGAGGCGAAGAGCAGGUUCCUGCCGAAUGUUACGGAUUCUAACCAGCUGAACCUCUUCGAACGGAUUGUUAGCACCUACGAUGACAUUCGUUUCGGGCACUUUCAGUCCUUCGAGCGACUGCGGAAUUCGCCCACAGAGCUCCUAAAUCACGUAAACUUCAGUUUGGUGGUGGAUUUUAUGAGCUGGCGCUGUGAUGAGCUCCUGGCCGACUGUCUCUGGCGGCAUUAUGCCUACAAUUGCUGUGAGAUCUUCUCGAAGCGUCGCAGCAAGAAUGGCCUCUGCUGGGCCUUCAACUCCCUGGAGACCGUCGAAGGCAGACGCAUGCAAUUGCUGGAUCCCAUGUGGCCCUGGCGCACAGGUUCCGCCGGUCCCAUGAGCGCCCUGUCCGUGCGCGUGCUCCUGCUGGCGGAUAAACACUGGCCGGGACGGAAGAACGAGAAGGGCAUCGAUGUGAUGGUCACAGAGCCUUUGGUCUGGCACAAGGAUCCCUUUUAUAUACCCGCGAAUACGGAGACCACGCUGGAGAUUGAACCCAUCAUUUAUUUCUAUGAUAAUGAUACGAGGGGAGUGCGUUCCGAUCAGCGACAGUGCGUGUUCGAUGACGAGCAUACGAGCCAGGAUUUCAAGUCGCUGCUGGGCUACGUUUACAUGAUUGAGAAUUGCCAAUCGGAGUGCCAUCAGGAGUACUUAGUGCGCUACUGCAAUUGCACAAUGGACCUGCUCUUUCCACCGGGCCAAUACCGGUCGUGCCGUUCACAGGAUUUACUCUGCCUGGCAGAGCACAAUGACCUACUUCGGUACUCACAUCAGCCCGGGGAGGAGGGCUUUGUGCGCAACAAUUUCGAGGGCAUGGUCUGUAAAUGCUUUCGGAAUUGUUACUCCCUCAACUACAUCAGCGAUGUCCGGCCCGCCUUUCUGCCGCCAGAUGUCUAUGGGAAUUUCUCAUAUGUGGAUUUGGAUGUGCAUUACCGCUUCGAGACCAUAAUGGUGUAUCGCACAAGCCUUGUCUUUGGUUGGGUGGAUCUGAUGGUUAGUUUUGGCGGCAUUGCUGGUCUCUUUCUGGGCUGCUCUUUAAUCAGCGGCAUGGAGUUGGCCUACUUUCUCUGCAUCGAAAUACCCGCCUAUGGCAUCCAAGGACUGCGUCAACGCUGGCGUUCCCAUCGACAAAUGGCCACUGCCAUCGACUCGACUGCCACGCCCACACUUAAUUUCCGCCAGACCAUGCCCAGCCAGCUGAUGGAGCAGUAUAUAAUGCAGCUAAAGACGGAGCAGAGUCAACGGAAAACGCUGAAACAGAAGGCCGGCAAUCUACAGAGCUGGCAACGCCUGACAUUCGCCCAUAAGCAUGUUAUUAGCAAAUGAAUAAUGCUCACGAAUAAAAUGUGUAUUUGUUCAGGAAAUCAUUGGCAAGUGGCAAGAGGCAAGAGUGGCAAAUGGCAAGUGGCAAGUGUUGUGGUGGGGCAG